AUGUUUGUGACAGCAGGGAGCCCACAGUCGUACUCUACUCCUGGCUGGCACAUCGAACCCAAGUAUUCCACCCGGGUGCUCACUGGGAACUGGGUAGAAGAGAGAAGGAAGUUCACCAGAGACACUGAGAAAACACCCCAGUGCAUUUAUAGAAAAGAGUACAUCCCCUUUCCAGACCACAGACCAGACCUGAUCUCCAGAUGGUAUGGGAAGAGAAGAGUGGAGGGGCUCCCAUACAGACACCUGAUCACCCACCACCAGGAGCCGAUGAACCGUUAUCUUAUCAGCGCCUAUGACGACCAUUAUAACCGGCAUAACUACAACCCUAGCCUGCCCCCACUCCGCACCUGGAAUGGUCAUAAGUUGCUGUGGCUGCCAGAGAAGACAGACUUCCCCCUUCUUGCUCCUCCUACAAACUAUGGACUCUAUGAGCAGCUGAAGCAGAGGUGGCAUGAACCUGAGGCCCACUUCAGGGAGACGACCUACACUUCUUCUUACCCCAGACCACCUGUGACCACCAUGUCCUGGCGGGAGCAUGCAAUCCCGGUCCCUCCCCCUCGCCUGCACCCUCUCCCAGGCUUCUGA